AUGUCCACAGUGUCCAACCGCCGACCGCUUGCUGUAAUCGCUGGAUUAGGAAAUGGCACCGGUACUGGAGCCUCUUCAGCUCGCCUCUUCGCUAAGCACGGUUAUACAAUUGCCUUGGUAGCUCGGCACAGAGACGACUCCCUGGCAAACCUGGUAAAGGAGAUUAAAGGUGCUGGUGGUGAUGCGGCCUACUUCGCGGUCCCCGAAUAUUCUCGCGACGCCAUCUCGUCCGCGUUCGCCGAGAUACGCAAACAGUUUCCCUCUGCUACUUAUGCCAUCCGAGUGGCCAUCUUCAAUGCUGCGCAUGGCGUGUGGAAGCCUUUCUUGGAUGUAACUCCCGAAGACAUCCAGGAGGCUGUCGAUGUCAACAUCGUCGCUGCAUUUGCAUUUUCACGAGAAGCCAUAGUCGAGUUCAAGUCCAACGAUCUCAACGAGGUCGGGAAGCGCGGCAUAUUGAUCUUUACGGGUGCUACGGCGAGUAUCAGGGGGAAUGUCGUCACCAGCGCUUUCGCGGCUGGAAAAGCUGGACAGAGAUCUCUUUCGCAGAGCUUAGCCAAAGAAUUUGGAAAGGACAAUAUUCAAGUCUCGCACGCUAUCAUUGAUGGCGGUCAGUUCAAACAACCUCCUACUACGAACCAUGAUACUCAUUCUAUAAGUAAAGGUAUUUUGACAGAUCGGAGUCGCGCGCGCCAGAACAACAACCCGGAAUGGAUUAACAAUGCUGAUGUCCGACUAGAUCCCGACAGCAUUGCCGCCUCGUAUCUAUAUCUUGCUAAUCAGGAUAGAUCGGCUUGGACUUGGGAGCUAGAUCUUCGCCCUGCCCACGAGAAGUGGUAA